UAUGUUGAUACUAUGCAUAUUUAUAACCAAUUAAAGAAACUGGGAUUUAAUAAUGGACAGAGUGAUUUGAUAUUACAGUUGAUAAAUGAGAAUUUAACACAUCAGUUGAAUAAAAUGAAUGAAAAAUUUACAACAUCAAUGGAGAUGGAGAAUGAAUCUUAUUUAUUUGAGGCUGCACAAUCUGAACUAAGGAUUGAAAUUAAUACAUCAAGAGAAUUAGAUCUACAUACUUUAGAAAAUGAAAAAAAUUCGCUGGAUUUAUUAUUAAGAGAAGAAAGUGAAGAAUUGAACAAGUUUAUGAUUGUUAGUAAAAAUGAUACACAAGUUUUAAUCAAUGAUCAAAAUAGUGAAAAUACAUUGAUGCAAAAGGGUAUCAAGAUGAAGAUUAAAGAUUUAGAUAAUAAGAUUAGUACGAAUAUUAAUAGUGAUAUUAAAUCUGAUAUUGAAAGUUUAAGAUGGCAAACAACAAGAAGUGGGUUAUUUGCAAUUCUUGUCUUGGUCUUUUCU